AUGGGAGGAGGAGGCGUGGCUAGUCAGGGACAGGUCAAAUGUAUCCAUUAAUCUAAGAGGAGAAAUGCCAGUAUGAACCAGCAGACUUUUUGACAACAACGACCACUUUACGCCUCCUCCAAACCCAGCAAGGGCGACUGAUAUAUCCAGGAGAGCAGACGAUUCUGAAAGGUAAAUACGGAUAAUCUUAUUAUCGUCCUGUUCUGGGACGAACCGGGUUAUUGCCCAGCGAGAGCCUCUUGUUUGAUGUGUCCCUCCCCUAGUGUUUUUCUAAAAACAAGCGUCAUUUGAAGAACCAACUCCCCCUAAUGAUCUCGGUGAUCGCAAUUUUAUAUCGAGAAUUGUUACAAGAGAAUCACCACAACGCGCACCGUUAAAAGAGGCUUUUACAAAACCGGUUGAAUUAAGAAGCCUCAUUUAUCGGGUAGAAUUUCUGCAAACUAGCGACGAAUGAUAAUUUUUUCCGGUUGGAGAUGCACUCUGUUUACUACUUGCACUUUAUAAUUUUUUGCCGGGACCCUGGCGGUUAAUAGUUUAUUGUCUUCUUAAGGACUGUUUGACACAAAAGCCUUUUGGGUCCAUCCAAGAUUAAUUCAUUAUCUCCCAAUGCACUGGUUUCUUAUGGAGUCCGAUAUUUUACCUGUUAAGUUCUAAAACACCUUCUUGUGUUCAAACAUCAUUAACUUGUAGCUCCAAAAUUUCCGAUUAUAUAACUUACUCAAAUGUAACUAGAAUUUUCGAGUUUCAGAGUUAAAGCUUUUUUAAAUAGUCACAGCGAUAGUAUGAAAACCCAAAAUUUGUUCCCAUAAUUCGCGACUUUACAUGACUUCGCGCUUCGCUAAUUCGCUAGUGUUGUUCGAACAAUGAUUUUUCCAAAAACACGUCGACUAAACCAAUUCUAUUUGCCCAUCUUAAAAAAAUAUUUGCAGUUCUAUUAAAAAAUUCUUAAGCAAUUCUCCUUCCAGGAAAAGAAACUUGCAGCAAAUAAACAAAAACUUGCGAAAAAUAAAAAAGCGAAUUCACAAAAUUCGCGGACGCAGGGUGAGAGCUAGUACCAAACAAAGUAUUAAGAGCACUAAAUGAUACUAGAACUUUCGCUCGGAAAGUGCUUCUUUUUUUCCAUUAUUCAGUAAUUUUUGAAACAUAAACAUAGAAAGUUGGAGACUAAUAUAAUCGGCAGUUAGAAGUUUUUACGUGUCAUUGACAUUUUAAACUGAGAGAUUGGAAAACACUUAACUUCAAGAGCAAUCAUUGCUUUAACUUGAAUGUCUCUGUUCUUGCCAGUUUCAGGCAAGAAAUGAAUUUAACCAAAAUUAUGGAGAGAAUUUGAAAAAAAAGUUAAAAUUUCAGUUGCACUCGUUCUUGUAAGGGAUAAAUUCUAGUAAGAUAAAAUUUGCGUGCCAAUGAAGACACCUGUUUUCACUCGAAUUUUCUAAACAGCCACCAUAUCUGAUAGCUAUUUUUCCCUUCCUUAAAAGCAUCACAUUUAUAGCUCUACAUGUGGUAUUUUAUUUCAGUGUGUUAUUACACUUCACAUCCCGUCGCCGGCUUCUCCAGUAACUCGCAACUGAAAAAAGCCGUAAAUAGUUCACUGAACUUAUUUUAAUUAAUUAUUUGUCUUGAGAGGUCGAAAGAAAAUCAGGCCAUGUUCUAGUACUAAGCGCACGUUCCAUGAACAAAGAACUUGCCCAAAUAAAGAAAGCGACUGCGUACGCUGUGGUUCUAGAAAGCAGCCAGUGUUGAAUUUGAAAGAUAGCGGGGCUCUUAGUAACUUCAAGUAUAGUGGCUUUCUACAUCAUUGACGAAAUACUUGCACAUUUAGGAAAAAAUCGCUAUUUAACGAAAAGCCUCUUACAACACCAACAAAAUACGGCCGGAACUUUUUUACUUGCGUUUACACGAUAUAAACAGUUGUACCCUAAAAAACAUUUUCAGUUCAUAAAAAUGAGAUGACAAUCAUCAUCACUACAGUUAAUAAAAUAUGUAAACUGGGUCAUGUAGUUAUUUCCAUUCGUUUGCCUUAAACAUCAAUACUGUAAACAACUUUUCAAAUGGACCUUUUUCUACUUUACUUUCCAAACUUUGUUUUCGCACAUUUGGGAUUUGUUUGUUCUUCGAAGCGAAUGUUUUGAAAGACAGUCAGUUCUUCAGAUCUACUUAUUAUUCUUUUAACACAGGUGGGACACAAGCUAAUAGGACCUCGGUUUGUCUUUAUCCAAAGACAAAAAUAAAAACUAUGCCCUAAAUUAACUUAACGAAAUCCAUAACUAUUAAGAGAGAAAAGCUGUCAAGUAAACUUUUUUAGCGGCACUUGAGCUAAAGGGCUGUAAUUCCUAGUGCUUUUAUGAACAAAGUACAGACUUGAUCCCUUAAUUGGCUUUCAUCUCAUCCAUGUACGCCCCAAUUUCAGAAUUAUUCAAGUAUAUUGUGGUAGCACUAAAUUAGAAGAUGCAGCUGAUUUUUGACAAAGAGCAACAUCGAAACAUUUUUCUGAAAAAAGCCAAGAGCCGGAAAAUCUCUGUCGAACGCAUGUCAAAUACAGAGAUAACAGGUCCGUCACUGGGGAUUGAAUGAUUCGAUAUAAAGUCUCCGUAGCAUAACAGGGAAGGUUUUCGGGUGUGUUGGGCGGCAUUCCGUAACUGUGACCGGUAUUCUGAACACUCAACCCGCGAUGAAACAGGUAAAAAAUAGCAAAACUCAUACUGGUGAGUUCUCAGAGUACCAGGCUAGUAAACAUACGGCAGUGUUAAAUCUAUGUGUACUUAAAAAAAUCAAUCCAUUUAUCCGCCCUCUGCGGCCAUAUGUUGCAAGGGUGGGAAAAAGGCCUUUUACGGGGGCAUGGUCCCAAAUUCUUGAACAAUAGGAACUUUUCGGAAGGACAGGUGUCUAGAAUGAACAAAGGAGUUGAUAGCAAAGAGAACUUCAAAAAAAUUCUUAGCUUGAUACAAUAAGAUAUUGGUGCUUUAAUCUUGUAAAAGGAAUUGCCCUGAAUUUUAUUUGAAUGAUUUUUACUUUUUCCUGUCAGUAAGAGUUUGUAACUUUUGUUAGUUUAUGGAUACAUUCGAUGAUUUUUGGUUCUUGUUCAAUCCGGCGGCAUUCCUUAUCACGGCUGCUACAGCUAUAAGCUACCAAAUAAAUCUGUUCCAGCGACUCAUCAGAAUCUAUAGUGUGCCUGAGGCGUGAAGUAAGGAAAAUUGUUUCGCCAACAUUUUGUCUGAGGUAGAGAUUGUCAUAACCGGCGAGCAAGCAGUCAGUAGAAUCAGUGUUGAUUAAUGUCUGCAGUUUGGUCGCCAGGUCAAAGGGUCCUCUCUUGAGUUCGGGACGUUUAACUUCACAAACUUUUCCAGCUCGAGAAGAUGAAAAUAUACAAGUGAAGAAAUAUAACAAAAAAAAUUUUCAAGGCCCAGCGGGUUAAUUAAUCGCUAAAACAGUUAUUACGAUUAGGAUAUAUUUGCUAGUUUUCUACACAAGUUUCCCGACAUUACAAAUAUAUACAUGGCAGCUUGCAUUAUUCAAUCAGCUUUCUAUUUUUUUGUUGUUGUUCUUGCUUUUUUUUCACAAACUCCGUAGCGAAGCUAACAAAGAAAACAGUAAUUAAUUUAUGAAAAGGAGUCUGUGUCAGUAGUUUUAAACAUAGCCGUUUUCCACGGACACACGACCAUAUUAUUCCAGAACUCCUUCCCUUAGAACGCUCCCCACCUUCUAUAAUUCUCGUGUCAAAUCACUGCUCGUUUAGUUCUUAACCCCUCCAGCUCGACACACUAUCUUACCACAAUUCAGUGACAAAGAUAAAUGUGACACUUGGCAACUGUUUGGCACAAGUGACCGGGGCUUCUCUUGUUCAAAUCAACAACAAAAGAGGGAAACGCACAGAAAAGAAUUUAAAGCUUCUCUUUGGAGGCCGACCGAUUAAAAAAAAGUUAGGUUAAUAUACGAAAUCGAGUUGAACAAGUACUUUUAACAAAAUUUCUGUUGGAGCACUCAAAUAUUGUGGGCAGAAGUCCGCGUGAUAUGAUACCCACGUUUUUAAUUUACACUCCGGUUAUAUCUAAAUUUGUACUGUAGUAAUAAUUAAGGAAAACAAGUCCGGAUAAAAAGUAUACGAUCACAGCGGGGGUUGUGAUUUUUAGGCAGUUAGUCCAGAUGAACUCUUUGAUGUAGUUAAUAGAAAAGCAAAUAAACAUAAGCGAGGUGUACUUGAUUUAAUUAGCUCCAUUGUUCAACGAGUUUCACGUUUGGCCAACUGAAAUUUAGCCGAUCCGUGUUUGAAAAGUCCACGUGCAAAAUAAAGCGAUGUUUAAUUCAUGUGCACACCUCAAGUGUAGAUUAGAAAGAUUGAAUUCAAUUUUAGGGCUUUAGUUAAAAUAACUCCCUUUCUUUUGAAAUCAUAAGUGUGAAAGCAGACGCUAAACAAUGGAAUCACUCUAUCCUUUCUAUUAACGCUUGACAUAAAAAUCGGUUCUCAUUACCCAGGCUUUUUCAAGCGUUAUUAUUAUUUGAUACAAGAAAUCAAAACUCGUUUUCGUUACAUUUAUGGGACGAAAAAGUCAGGGUGUAUUUCCUAAUUCCAUUAACGAAAAUGCUUUUGGCGGCGUGCGAAAUGCAAACAUGGUAGUAUAAACAGCUCUAUUAACACGUACAAAAUGUUAUGUAAAUAACAUAGUUUACCUUUCUAUAAAGUUAAAGAUAUCUUGUUAAAACCGUCUUUAAGCUGCGCAUGUCGUUUCUUGUACCUAAUGAGCGAUUCAAGUUUGCCGUCUUAUGAUUCUCUGCGGAUCGCUAAACACACAAACCAGCGAAUUUAAUUUGCAACAGAUCUUUAUCGGCCUUGACAGACAAGCUAAGCUUUUAGAACAAUAAAAACUCCACCGAAUGUUUUCUUGCAGCCGAUGGAAACCAACUGCACGCUUAGACAGAACACGCGCGCGGCGCGAGAUUUGCAAACGCAAUGGUAAAUACACAGUUAAAAGCCCUUGGAUCGAUUUGAGUGCAGUAGUUUAAUCUCUUUGACUGUCAAACGAUCGUGAAGAGGGGGCGUACCAUUGCAAUUUGCACUCAAAUUUGAACAAGCCGGUAAUAUGACCACAGCUAGAAGAGUUUUUAACAUUCCCUAUAAUUAACACUUGAAGUCGGGGCCUAAGGCAAGUUGACCCUUCAAAUCGAUUCCUUUAUUAGUGAAUCUCCGCUCGUUCUCCAGAACAAUGAGCCUUUCGAUUUAAUACAAGCCUGCAGCUGGAAUCCUUAUCGCACGUUUAAUAGUAGGUGUGAUUUAUUGUGAGCGGACAAGAUGAUGUGCGUUGUACACAGACGCUGCGUCAAUCAAAAGCGGCACAUCAAAAGGCCUCUAAUUAAAUCUCUCAGUUUUUAAGGCCAUCGAUAAUUUCACAAACCACGCCUGAUGACUCAAUAUUUUCCUUGCGUGUACGGCCACUGCUAGAGCUAAGCCAAAAGGCAAACACAACUCGAAAGGGCAAGCAUUGAAACUGCGAAGGGCCCGAACAGGGAGGUGAAGUGCUAAACCGCCCGUAAUCUCAUUCCAUUUUUUCCUAAAUCACUGUACACUCCAAGCAGCGGCGGGCUCCUUUGAUCACAGGAUUUGAGGUACGGUUACAAUGCGCUUUACGUGUUUUGUUUAGAAACCUUUCCAGCGAACCUUGAAAAACCUAGCUUACAAAUAUUUGCUUGCAACAACUGAUGCGUCGUGGAAUCCUAAAGUCAGGUCAACGAGGCAUUCUCCUAAAGGCUACAUCUUCUGUUCAACAGCCUGACAAAUGGAUCCAAAUUAUGACAAACAUAAUUAUAUACAAACCAUGAACAGUGAAACAAACCUCAGCGUUCAGCUGAGCGUUGUCAAUUUUUUUCUUCCGUAAACCUCGCUACUAUCGAUUGCUAAGUUAGGUUAGACCCUAUUUCUGCUCAUUCACAUCUCUAACGCUGGACUGUUAAAAACUAGAGUGUUUUUCAGGCCAUAAACCAAUAACAUCUCUUCAGUAGAACUUCACGUCUUCAGUAUUUAAGGAAAUGAAAUUUUAAUAUUUUUGUUUAAUUUUGAUUUCUACUGGAAGUAAAAGGAUUGAUUUCCCGUGAAACUUGUUAAGGCAGAGAAUAGCUAUUACAACAACACACAAAGCACUGUGUCUUUGGUGAAACAUUACUCAGCGGGAAGGCCGAUUUAAAGCAACCACAUAGUGCGAUCAGACAUUUUCUAUUAUUCGAACGCAUUAGAAAGUUGUAACUUUGGAGAAACCCCGCGGCUGAAAAUUAGGAGAACAAGUCAAAUAUUUAGCUGGUUAUCAGCGCAGACAAGGAAAUGAGAUUGGGCAAGCGUUUUUACUGAGAUUUUGGAAGAACCUAAACACUCUUUGAAAUAGCAAUUAUCAUCCUUGCUAGUUACAAACUAAUUAUCCCCGUCGCCUGAAAAUCGCGUCUCAAAACAAAUGCUGAUUAAGCGCGUCUUCUAGAGUUAAUCGGAAUGCGAUUAGAAAGUGAGAAAUUAAAAACGACCAAAACUUCCACUAAGGUAUGCAGACUUGUUACAGUGGACAGGAAAUGGUGAAGGCGAAGCCAAAGAAAGAAAUAAAAAAUUUAAAGCCAGAUGUUAACCGACGGCGCCAUCACAUAGGCCCGACAUAUUGUAAAUGUGAAUAUACGGAUCAGUAGUCGUAAAGAGCUGUGUCUUUAUGCCAUCAUAUUUGCCGAACAACCCUAGACCGCCCCCUCGGUGAUUUUUUGAACGCCCCCGAAUGUUCAGGUGCCACCCACAAGUUGUGUUUACGUCUUGAAAGCUUUUCCUCAGAUCAACACUGUUUGAAAUAGCAAUAUUUCUGCCAUCUGUGGAACACUUUGCCCUCACAAAAAAUGGAAAUAGCGCGCCGGGCAAACUCGCGGAAACUUGUGAAGAAAUCUGCCAUUGAAACAAUUAUGGUUUCCGAUUCUAAUCAAAAGGUGUGAAGUAGCAAAACUCCAUAAAACGCGCAGUGUUGUUUUCGGGAUUUUUUUCUUGAACCUCAACUUAGCUGAAAGCCUUUCAACAAGGUGCAAUUGUGGAAGCAUUUUAAUCGACCUUAAAACUCGCUCAAACACCCGCCUGUAGGCGAUAGACGCUUUUGUGUUUGUUGGUAUAGAUUGGUUCGGAAUAAUAGUUCCAUUUGGAGAGACUUAUUAUAUAUCAACAAAUCCCUAUCAUUCAAUCACAUUGUGUCAUGAAAGACACUACUGACAUUCUGAUUGGCUGUGUUUACGAGUGGCGGCAUCUCAAAAGGUUCUCUACUCAGGGUUUUGGUUGAAUUGAAUCAACAGUCUACAACAUAGUCAAGGGGCGUGCAAAGUUUAUCUUAAUUUGUUGAACCAAAUAGCAGCCGAACUAGCCUUGAAUAAGCUCUAGCUUAAGCCCAUGAGCAAGAGGCUUUCUCGCCAGGUUUGUCCCGUUGUAUUUGUACAGGAAUUUAGCGUGAUUUGAUUAUCAACUUAAGCUGAUUAAUGAACGCGCGCGCUAACACGAUCCUUUUACGCUGUACACGUUUGAUUUUGUACUUUUUUCAGGAGCUGGGAAACGCAACAAAAACCAGACUGACACCUCUUGCGAUGCUUGCAGCAACUUGCAGCAGAAUCGGCCAACAAACUCCACCGCCUGUUCCCGACGUCACAAUGGCCAAAAGUUUCUACCACUGGAAACAGCCGACUACACUGCCUCUGCAACGGGGAAGACCAGCUGACAGCGGACUGUAUUCAAAUAUGCCGUCAGCUUUUUUGCCCACAAGCGAGUCCUUAAGUGGACAAAACAGUGAGAGCUUUCUUCCAACUCAGAGUUAUUCGACCGGACAUAACUCCCUCUCCGAUCCAUUAGCUUUAGCCUCAGCGAGCCGAGUACACUCUGCUUCGGUCGAAGCGUCUAUGUAUCCACGAAUGCCACAUCCGUACGACAGCUCGCCGUGGUUUAAGCCGUCUUUAGAGCCUCACGCACAGGCCACGGCACGGCAGACGUUUUGGGAAGUCCACGGUAAUCCUUCGUGGUUAGAAGCGAGCGUUUCUGGUAGUACUUUUCAUCCAUCUUUGAGUCAUUUCACUGGACUGCCGCAUGAGUACACCACAGGAAGUUUAUCGAUUCCCGCUGCGGUUUCCGUGGCGAGUCACCCUCACUUUCUUCCCCCUCCGUGCCUUGGCUCAGAUCCCAUGAAGGCUACGCUACCGACGUACAUAGAUGGACCUUCCUAUUUCCCUGGAGCGCCAGGCUUGUUGUCUUCAACGCAAAGCGUGGCAGCGCGAGCAACCCGACGAUAUACGGGUCGAGCAACUUGUGACUGUCCAAACUGCCAAGACAACGAGAGACUAAGCGCGUCCGGGGCCCCUUUUAGGAAAAAAACCCAACACAUUUGUCACAUUCCUGGCUGUGGCAAAGUGUACGGUAAAACUUCGCACUUGAAAGCACAUCUACGAUGGCACACCGGUGAACGUCCAUUUGUAUGUAACUGGUUGUUUUGCGGCAAGCGCUUUACACGCUCUGACGAACUGCAGCGACAUCUACGGACGCACACGGGAGAGAAACGAUUCGCUUGCCCCAUCUGCAACAAGCGGUUCAUGCGAAGUGAUCACCUGGCCAAGCACGUUAAAACGCACAACAAUGACACGGUAAAGAAGGGAGACUCAGAGAAGGAAGACAAAGACGAAGGAAAGAUUAUGAGCGCCAGUGAAAGUGAACGAUCUAGAGACUUGUCUGAAAAUGGCGAGAGUAUCAAGGGUUUGUAGAUUGCCAUUGCAGUGGCAACGGAAGCGACACACUUAAAAGUAAAAUGCUCUCUUAAACUAUGAUUAUCUUCCUACGGCAGGACGUUUUGAGCUUGCAUUAAAAACUUUGUGUGGAGACCAAUGAAUAAGGUACUCAAUCACGGUUACGCUGUAUAUAAUGUUUGACGUCGGUGAGACACAGAGAGGUAUAAGAUUUCCAAGUUCGAAAUAUUUUCAGUGAGAGAUACGCAUAUGGUGCCUGUUCGGUUAAAAGACCAUGAGGACUUCAAGCCCGCACAUUGUAGAGCAUUUCCGAUAACAAGAAAAUCUUAUGAACUUUAAACUAGUGUACAAAAUAAUGAGAGAAAAUGACUCAUUUCGCAGAGGAUUCAAUGAUAUGCUAUAGAGAAUAUGACUAUAUUUCAAGAUUUGUCCAAGUGUAUUUAAGUUUGUAAGUUUGAAGUUAUUUAAUUGAACAAAGAUACAGUUUUAACAAGAGUUCGGAAUAUUGCUAUUGAACUGUACAUAACACUCGAGAAAUUCAUGAGGCAGAGCUAAAUCUUUCCAAACUAAAUUAAAGAGUACUGAUGAACUGAUGCGAGGUUGUCCGUUUGUGAGUUUACUAAGAUAAAAUAUUUUUAAAUUGUUAUCUGAAAAAUUUGCCUUUAUGAAGUGCGAAUUAAGCAACUAUAUCAAUAUAAAGAUAAUACUAAAGUUUUCGGCAAACACCAGGUUCCUGGGGAGCACUACAAUGGUUUUCUCUACGGGAUACUGAGAUGGGUUACCUAUCUAGCACGAAAACUGAUUGGGAUUGUAAUGGCUUCCUGCGGUAAAUAGUUACUUCUACUGUCUACAGAUAAACCAUUUCAGUGACACUGCAUUGUUGUCAAAAUCCCUUCAAUUGCACAAAGGUUUACAAACACUCGAUUAAAUAGCUUGUAUUUUCGAAGUGUUAUCCUUAUUGGAAUACUAGCCUAUUCCGGUGACAACUAAGUAUAUCUAAACUAGAAGUAACGGCUUUACUACCAGAUGAAGAAGAAGUGCACGGUGAUGUUUAGUGAUGUCUAAAAGAAACUGUGCUGAAAUGAAAUUUUGCACUGAAGCGUCAGCUACAGCCGAACUUUAUAAAUAUUAUUAUAAUGUACUUGAAAUCAUUUUCUAAAGAUAUAGAUGACGAGCUUUCUUCUGCUAACAAAGGAUACUGUCAUUUCUCUGACCGUAAUCGCAAUCACUGCAUCGGUUUUGAAUAGAGUACUACAACGGACAAGAGCUAUAUUUCUAGUAUGAAUUUUAAGAAUAAUGAUCAUUCAGUUUUCCAGGUCGAUUAAGCAAGCAAUCUCAAACAAAACUGACGCAUUCUCUAAAAAUCUUAUGUACUUGAAAACCUUUGCUGUCAUUUUGAGAUGUCUGGAACCAAGAGAGGAUAAAGCUUUUCCUCUCUUGCUGGAACAAAAUCUAACAAUCUCGAAAACAAGUACUCGUUAAGACUUUAAUUUAGUAACGUUCUUUUUCCUUAUUAUUUCAAAAUCGUGCAGUUAUGAAAAUUGUGUUAAGCCUGACAUCAAGCAAUCUUUAGGCAGAAAAGUGUGAAAGCAGGAAAAUUGAUUCAAGGGGAAGUGUUUUAUUUGUAAACCUUAUCAACUUAAAUCAAGUGCUUUUUCACACCCAUCUUCAAGUGUUUCAAAUUGGCUCCUUUAAAGCUUAAGCAAGAGCUAGGUGAUGGCCUUUUAUUCUUUUAAGUUGAACAAAAAGCAUUCUUCAACCUUUAAUCUUCAUUAGAGCGUGGACGGUUCUAUUCCGAGCCGCCGUCGGGGUGUCGAUUCAGAUAAUUGAAGUCAAGCUUUUUGUCCCUGAGCCGGUAAUAGAGGCUACAGCGCGUUCAGUUCUAUAAGCAUGCAACUUGCCCUUGCGUUUCUACUAUCAGCUUUAAUUUGGCGCCAGCCACGGCCGCCCAUCGUGAGUUUCCACCGAGAUAGAAAGGCUUUUUUACGCCUGUAAAAUAGAGUUUAAUUCUCUUCUAAACAUGGCAUAAACAACUCCGCGUGGUGUAAAACGAUCAUGUUUCCUAAUUCGCCCAAGGCUAUGGAAAAGUUUCUGAUUGAUGCUUGCUGUAUUUAUUAAUGAAAAAAAGUCGCUUUGAGAGUGAAGGAUAAAUACAUAUCUAUAUAAAAUGAAAUUUUUCCCAACCGGAAAACCCUUCGCACACAAAGCAAACCACAAGAAUAAGUGCAGCACCCUUCUCGGAAAAAAACUUGAGGGCUUUUUGCCUUUUUACUCAAGAUAAUCACUGUUUUUGUUUGUUCUUGCCUUUGAUGAUAUGGCAAUUUUAAUUCAGCAAGUCCCUAGAGAGGUCUUUCUUUAUGUUCUUUGAACCUCCUUAGACACGGUCGAUAAACAAACCUAAAUUAGAGUUUAUACGCCGUGCCGACAAAGGGCCCUAGUGACCGCCUCCUUUAAAUUGCUGAUCAUCUUUGCACGAUUGUCUAGCGAGAUAUUACGUGUGUGUUGCUUUUUCUCCAUUAUGAACACAAGAAAAUAACUCUUGGCCGAUCUAAUUGUUUUUACAACAGCUUGUCGCACUUGUAAUAACGACGAACAUUUCGCGCCGUCUGAAGAAGGAGAAGCUAAAGACAUCAGACCAAUUAGGUGUUUUGCACCAUCUAAAGCUGCAGCAGUCCGUAUUUCAGAGGUAGAAGAUUUAAGUGCGAAGCAGCGGGAUAUAAUUGGGUUUGCAUUUAACGGCUUAUGA